UCAAAUAUUAAAUUUAGUUUUAAAAUGUCUGCACUCGAUAUAGCACAGAUUUCUGCGUGUUUGAAACAAAUAAAUUUAACUGAGAGAAGAAGGAGGGAGAGGUUGUGGUCAGUUGACAUGAGAACUAUAAAUCAGGUUGGUCUACUGGAUCUUCCUGACUGUGUACUAGUAUAUAUCCUUGAACUACUAGAUGAAACUUCACGAACAUCAGCUUGUUCUGCUAGUACUCAGCUUUUCAAUUUAUGGAUAGAGUAUACUCAGGAGGAAAAUGAGUUUCCCGUGAUUUAUGAUGAAAAUGAAAACUGUCUGACUUUAGAGAACCUGCCCGCUGAUGUCCUUCUUGUUAUAUUUAAGUAUUUGGAUAUAUCAACCCUGGGUAGAGUUGCACAGGUGUGUAAGCUUUUCCGAAGCCUAUCCUACAGUGAUUUUUUGUGGAUGCGAGCAGGAGCGAGUUCACUUGGUAGCAAUCAGCUGGAUACACUCACCACUAGCAAAUCCCAGGCCAAGCUUGGAGCCCGGGAGAAGGUGAGAAUUGGUGAAAACUGGAAGAAUGGGAAAUGUAAAGAAAACAUACUGGCAGUACAGAACAACAAAUAUAUGCCCAGGCUUCAGCUUGAGAAGGAUGUAUUGUGGGUGUCCUGGGGAAAGACUAUUUGGUGUCAUCCCAGGGGGAAAGAUGGUGCUAUCAAUCCUAAAACUAAACAGAUGUUCCGAGGUCAUACAGACGACGUGAGUAGGUUCGUGGUAGGUCAAGGUAUGCUGGUCAGCGGAGGUCGGGACAGGUCAAUAUGUGCCUGGAAUUCAGCGACUGGAGAUUUUAUGUUUGCAAGACGAUACUGUCAUAACAGUGAGAUAACAGCUGUUGAUGUGACAGGGAAGGGUAGAAUACUAGUUUCUGGUUCUAGAGAUAAAUCAAUCAUUGUUUGGAGGAUAGAACAGGAACAGGAGUUCAAACCUAUACUUGUCAAACAGCUUGGUAUUAAUGAACGCGUCUGGAGUUUAAGUAUAAACCAGGAGACAGGGUUUACUAUGGUUGGUACAGCAGGUACUCGCGGAGUUCCUCCUCUUCGUCUUCUUGAUCUUCAUCAGGGGCAGGUUCUACUAGACCUUGGCAGGGAACUAAGGAAUGGAGCUGGUAUGCUAGAUUUGACCUGGUUGACCGGCAAUACUCUGCUCAGCUGUGGCUAUGAUACAUGUGCUAGGCUCUGGGAUACAAGAUGCGGAACCUAUGUGAGUACCUGGGAAGAACCUUACGACGAAUCAGUAUACAGCCUGUGUACUGAUGGUGUGAACUGUCUGGUGACCGGAACCUCGAGACAUGGCAGGGUCAGGGUCUGGGAUCUCAGGUGUACUAAACCACAGUACAUGAAGUACGCUUCCCCUGCAGUACGCGGGCGCUCCAGUCCAGUCUACAGUCUUGUGAUGGAUUCUGUUUUGGGUAUUCCUUUUCUGUCUGAUUGCAAAUUUAGUUUCAUAUCUGUAAAAAAAUAGUUGUCAUUAAAAAGUUCCUAGUAAACUGUACUUUUUGCACAUUGAAAAGUUUCAUCAGUACAUUGUACAGUUUUCUCCGUACAUAGCACACUGCACAUUUACUGUACACUGUACAGUUCACAUAAAAUAUAGGGAAAGUACAUUGAUCCCAGUAUUUAAAUGAAUUUUCAACAAUUUAAGAUUUGAACAAGAAACUAAAUUAUGAUGAUAAAUAUGACAUCAAAUUCUAAUGAUUUUGAGACUUCAAAGAAAUGUAUUUCUAUCUACGAUGGUAGGCGAUUAUAUCAAUAUAAAGAAAUCGAAUUAUUUUAAUGUUAUAAUUGUUAACAAGCUUUUCUUUUGAAUUACAAGUUUACAAGAAAUUACAGGGAAGCUUUUGUAAUUGACAGUUUCUCGUUGUUUCAUGCAUGUUUUUGUUUAUCCAUGCUCAGGGCGUACGCGUGCCCCCCCCUGAGAGGCUGAGAGGGGGCACCCAUGAGGGAGGCUCUUUUAAUAUUACAUCUGCUUGCAUUUCCCUUCCU